AUGCCAUCCCUCGCGUCUGCGCUGGUUGCGUGUGUGGAAAUCACAUACGGCUGUGUCAUCCUCACAGCCKCGUUGGUCUACUCCUGCUUUCAGAAAGAGUUCUGGUAUGCGAGGACGGAAGAGGAGGAAUCUGCUUUGCAAGAGGCUUCCCGUGAUCUCUGGGACUUGGCACACAAAGACGAUGCCAUUGCACACAACUUUCUCACCACGCGGAGUGGAACACAGAUACACUUCCUAACACCUAGGGUCACCACGCAGGAUCCAGAUACGCUGAUAGUCUUUCUCCAUGGCUUCCCAGACUCAGCCUACUUGUUCUCCCACCAAAUUCACUCUGCUUGGUCUWCCAAGGCCCAGCUAGUGGCACUGGACCUCCCAGGCUGUGGUGGGAGUGAUAGCCUGCAAUCUUACAGUGCGGAAAAGGUACUGAAUGUCAUUGUUGAAGCGAUUGACCAGCUGAAAGCCCGUUUCUCGCAUUCGAACCAGAGCAAGCCGAGGUGCAUCUUGGUCGGCCAUGACUGGGGCGGCGUCAUUGGCUUUCGGCUAGCAGCAGAGACCACAGGCUUGUUAGACGAACUCGUAACGAUCAACUCCAUAUAUCCACGAUACGCGGCCGAGGUGCUCAAAGCCAACGUCUCCCGUGGAGGCGCUCUCAUAUCAAAGGGCAAGCUGCGAGAAAUCCUGAAGUCAGGCUACACGUAUAUGUUGAACCUACCUGUGCCGCUCGCAAGGAUCUCGCCUGGACUGUCACGAUGCCUUGUCAAGUUGUCUCAUAGCCUGGAAUACAAGCAAUCUCCAGAGAGUUCCCCAAAGGCACUCGCCCGCCGUCUCGCGAUAGCUUACGGUCCGAGCUCAUCGCAGUGUGCUCAUGAUAGCAUCCCGAAGUAUGGAACUUCGGUGCUUGCUCGUUCUCAAACCCACCCACCUGGAGAUUGGGAUCAACGAGUUCGAUUGUAUUCUGACGGGCUGUUGCGCGACAGUUGGACUCCAUCCUUCCUGGCUUCGCCGAAACCUGCACUCAAUGAUGUCAAAGCAACCAAAACUCAGGCUCCGCAGGGUCCAGCUGUCGAGGAUGACAACGACGAUUGGCAUUUUCAUUGUCCAGUGAGCAUCAUAUUUGGACUUCAGGACAUUGCUCUCGAUCCAAGUGUCGUUCUUGAUGGAAUUGAGCGCCAUUUCAUGUCUGAAUCGACAGACUCCCUGGUAUCGUCAGCCAUUGCCCAGGAGAGGAUCACUAGGCUCAGUGGUUGCGGCCAUUGGUCAAUAUUGGAGGAUGAGGGAAUCAAAGCUCUGGACCGAUUCCUGGCUCGUAUCAUCGAUUGA